CUGUUUCCCUCCCUUUUGUUUUCUCUCUCACUUUUAAUUCUUCAUUUCUUCGUAUUUAGGGUUUUUUUAACAUAAACUAACCAUUUAUAGACUUUUUAGGGACUCCAUUUCAAUAAAUUCAUAAAAAAAUCCUCAACUACUUGGAUCGAAACUCAAACGAGAGGGGGAAAAGUAGCGUUCUUUUCUCAACUAAAGGGGGAAAUGGAGUCAAAUUCAUGGAGAUUUAGAUUUUCCAAUUCUUCGUCUUCGUCUUCCUCAAGGCGUCAUCAACCCCGAUCUGAUCUGUUUCUGGGAGGAGGAUAUGAAGAAGUUGACGGAGAUGAGGAUUUCAAGGCGGAGUUUUUAUGUCCGUUCUGCGCUGAGGAUUUCGAUAUUGUUGGACUUUGUUGUCACAUCGAUGAGGAGCAUCCCCUAGAAGUAAAAAAUGGGGUGUGCCCGGUUUGCGUGAAGAGAGUCGGGAUGGAUAUUGUUAGCCACAUUACUAUGCAACAUGGGAAUUUUCUUAAGCUACAGCGCAGGCGAAGAUUACGCAAGGGUGGAUCGAAUUUGACAUUUUCUAUGUUGAGAAAAGAACUGCGAGAAGGAAACUUGCAUUCCCUUCUUGGAGGAUCUUCGUGCAUUGUUUCUCCCUCCAAUGUUGAAGCCGAUCCAUUACUGUCAUCCUUUAUGUUCAAUCCACUGACAACCGAUGAGCCUUUAAGCUUUCAGUCUCUUUCGAUUGUUGAACCAAGUGCAGAGAAGGAAAGCUUAGAUAAAGAAUCUCUAGAAAGAAAACCUCAACAGUCACAACUGUCAGACAAGGAGCACGAGGAGAAGGCUCGAAGGUGUGAAUUUGUCCGAGGACUGUUGAUAUCGACUAUACUCGAUGAGAAUUUAUAAGUCAAUGAGGGUGUUUGUAGAAUCUAUUGGCAAAAAUAUAAUAAUAGGUCUGAGAGUAAAGCAUAAAGAGGAAGAUGUUCAGUCUGCCUCAUAAAUGGCAAUCGGUUGGUUAAAGCUCGAACAAAACUAUGUAUUCCUAUUGUAUUUAGGGCUUUUGUGCAUAAUGGAAAGAUGGAAUAACUUUUAUCCUA